GUGUUCGUGUAGUGGGUAUUAGAAUCCGUAUAUAAACAUCAGUCUAACCUUUAGGUUUAUUCUUACAUUUGGAUGCUAAUAUGAAUGCAUUGCGAAUUUGCUGUUUAGCAAGAACACAUCAUGGUUUAUACCCGAGUUUCUUUAGAAGAAUAUCGUUCUCGCCUUCAGUUUGCGGAAAGCUUAAAAAGGAGUUUUACAAUAAACCAGACCAAAAACCCAUGUUAAAGUAUGGGCCACUAGCAGAUACUCCGGACUGGUCAUACGCCGAUGGGCGGCCUGCACCACCGGGAAAAAAUGCAACUCGGCGUAAAGAAAUGCAAAGACAAAUCUGUCAACGUAUAAUUGAACUUAACGACGAUGUGAACAAGGCCAUGAGAAACUACGAAAAACGAACUCAGUUAACAAGAAAGCAUAGAACUGCUCGUAUUGAGAAACGAUUUAAAGAGAGAAACAUUUCUUAAAUUGUUUUAAAUAUAUUUUGUCACUGGGUCCUAUUAUGUUAAAAUCAUUUUCUCUAUAAAAUGUGAAUUACAGUAAAAUGAUUUAAUCAUUUUUACAACUGAAUACAACAAUAACAUAUCAUCAUUUCAUCCCUUGCUAUAAAAUAUUUUUGUUUUUAGAAACUGCGCUGCCACAAUUAGUUUGUUUACUUUUUAAAGAUAAAAAUGUUGAAACUUGGUCAAUUUAUUUCCAAAUCCACCAAUCUGUCAUCGAAUGUUUUACGACAGCCAUAUUUUAUUCGAGCAUCAAACUACAGCUCCCAAACUCAUGAUGCAGAUCUCGUUGUGAUCGGAUCUGGUCCAGGAGGUUAUGUGGCUGCAAUUAAAGCUGCCCAGCUAGGUUUAAAGACAGUAUGUGUUGAAAAAGAGGCAACACUUGGUGGAACCUGCCUUAAUGUUGGAUGUAUUCCUUCAAAAGCUUUGCUUAAUAACUCACAUUAUUAUCACAUGGCUACUGGAAAAGAUUUUGCCAUGAGGGGAAUUGAUGCUGAAGUAAAACUGAAUUUACCAAAAAUGAUGGAGCAAAAGUCAACAGCAGUCACUGGUUUAACCUCUGGGAUCGCUGGACUGUUUAAAGCCAAUAAAGUUACAAGGGUAGAUGGUCAUGGGAUUAUUAAAGGACCAAAUCAGGUAGUUGCAAAGAAAGCAGAUGGAGGGGAAGAAACAAUUAACACAAAAUAUAUUUUAAUCGCAACUGGAUCUGAAGUAACUCCCUUUCCUGGAAUUGAGAUUGACGAAGAAACAAUUAUUUCAUCGACUGGAGCUCUUUCAUUGAAGGAAGUUCCAAAGAGAAUGAUUGUUAUAGGAGCUGGGGUUAUUGGGGUAGAACUGGGGUCGGUUUGGUCACGAUUGGGGUCACAAGUCACCGCUGUUGAGUUCCUUGGUCAUGUAGGGGGGAUGGGAAUCGACAUGGAUGUUUCAAAAACUUUUCAAAGAACUCUUCAAAAACAAGGAUUAAAAUUUAAACUAAACACCAAAGUUACUUCAGCAGAAAAAACUGCCAGUGGAAUUCAAGUAAAUGUUGAGUCGGCCAAGGGAGGCAAAGCAGAGACACUUGAAUGCGAUGUUCUGCUCGUGUGUAUUGGAAGAAGACCUUACACAAACAACCUUGGUUUGGAAUCUGUUGGAAUUGAAUUAGAACCCCGUGGAACCAUUCCUGUUAAUGAGAGAUUUCAAACUUCUAGUCCAACUGUAUAUGCAAUUGGUGAUGUCAUCAAAGGACCAAUGCUUGCUCACAAAGCUGAAGAUGAAGGAAUUAUCUGUGUGGAGGGUCUCACAGGUGCACCUGUGCAUAUUGACUACAACUGUGUUCCCUCAGUAAUAUACACUCACCCUGAAGUUGGCUGGGUGGGUAAGAAUGAAGAGCAACUUAAAGAGGAGAACGCUCCGUACAAAAUUGGGAAAUUUCCUUUCUCAGCAAACAGCAGAGCCAAGACUAAUGCUGACACCGAUGGCUUUGUGAAGAUCCUCAGUCACAAGGAGACAGAUCGGAUUCUGGGAGCUCACAUCAUCGGAGGAGGAGCAGGGGAGAUGAUCAACGAGGCGGUCCUUGCGAUGGAGUACGGAGCAUCUGCGGAAGAUGUUGCACGAGUUUGUCAUGCACAUCCGACUUUGUCCGAGGCUUUCAGGGAAGCAAACCUGAUGGCUUAUUGUGGAAAACCAAUCAACAAUGUAUGAAAGCUGUGAAGACAAUGUGAAGUUUCAGCACAUCCUUUGCUAUGGUGCCUCACCAUGCAAUUAGAGUUCAAUUACAUUAUUUGUUAUACGCUUGGUUCUCUACGUUGUUUACCAUUAAAAUAUUUAUGAGAAAUAUACACAAAGAAUGUA